GCACGGCGGGGGACAUGGGACGGCGUGGCGUGGUUCCCUGGGCCCUAGAAGUGGCAGUGUUGGUGACAUCGGCUUGUCUCGCCGGUGUAUGCGGUGAUGAAUUUAGUGUCUUACGAUCGCCUCAGUCAGUAGUUUUUCGAGAUGGGAGCUGGCCUGUUCCUGGCGAGCGGAUCCCGGACAUAGCUGCGUUGUCCAUGGGCUUUUCUGUUGAAGAUGAGCUUUCCUGGCCUGGGCUUGCAGUGGGUGAUCUGUUUCAUAGACCUCGAGCUACUGUGCUGGUAACAGUGAAAGGAGUAGACAAGUUGACAUUGCCUGUGAAAGGGGUUUCUUACCCUAUUGAGAAUGCUGUUCCUUUCAGUCUUGACAGUGUUGCAAAUGCCAUUCAUACUUUGUUCUCUGAGGAAACUCCUGUGGUUUUGCAGCUGGCCCCCAGUGAAGAAAGAGUGUACAUGGUGGGCAAGGCAAACUCUGUGUUUGAAGACCUCUCUGUCACGCUACGCCAACUGCGAAACCGCUUAUUCCAGGACAACUCCAUUCUCAGCUCCCUUCCUCUCAACUCCCUCAGCAGAAACAAUGAGGUUGACUUGCUUUUUCUGUCAGAACUACAAGUCCUACGUGAUAUUCCGAGCCUGCUGUCUCGACACAAGCACUUAGCCAAAGAUCAUUCUCCAGACCUGUAUUCUCUGGAACUGGCUGGUUUGGAAGAGGUUGGAAAACGAUAUGGGGAAGACUCUCAGCAGUUCAAGGAUGCUUCCCAGAUUCUUGUAGACUCUUUGCAAAAGUUUGCAGAUGAGAUGUUUAAUCUGUACAGUGGGAAUGCAGUAGUAGAAGUGGUGGCUGUCAGGGCAUUUAAUUCUCCCCUCAUGAGGAAGACUCGCUCCAUCCUCCAGUCCUCACAGAGUGAAACAGACAAUCCCUAUAACCUUGCCUAUCCAUAUAACUACAACUACGCUGUGGUUUUCAACAUCAUUCUGUGGAUGAUGAUAGGCCUUGCUUUAGCUGUGAUAGUUAUCUCCUACAACCUCUGGAACAUGGAUCCUGGCUAUGACAGCAUUAUAUAUAGGAUGACAAAUCAGAAGAUAAGAAUGGAUUGAACUGCACUGUGCUCCAGCGCAAGGAAACGAGGAAGAGUAAAGUCUCCUUUAAACUGUGUGGAAAACAAAUAUCCUAACAUGGUUAAUUGUGGAAUUUUUUUAAAAGUGUAUUUAUUUCUAAGUAUUUUCCCCCCUCUCAAGCCUAUUUUAAAUGUUAGUUGUAGUACCAGAUGGUAUUUAGAAAUUGAAAUCUGCUUGUUUAAAAAAAAAAGAAAAAAAAACCAGACCCAAACCCAACCCCAACCCACCCCAAAUGACAACCCCCAAAGUAAUUGUUAUUAAAGGAACAUCAUUCCAUUUUUUUAAAAUCAUGUUACAUGAGUUUUUUGAGAUGCCCUGUACUGCCUGUGACUGUGUGCAAACCAGAUAAAUUGAAAUGAUGAUAGCAACAUGGUGUUUGAGACUUUUACACUGGAAGAUUAGAAAUUCUAGCUAAAUUGUUGUGUUGUAUAUUAUGAACCAGUUGUAAAUGUUUGAUGUAAAUAUUUGUAAUGGCUGUAUGUAACUGCAGAGAGGAUAGUAAUUAUUCUUUAGUAAAAUACUCAAUACAGAAAUAUUUCUACAAUAUUUCUAGUGGCUCAAGUGGCAUUUUGAUCUCAUGUUGAUGGCUCUGAUGUGAGCUGCAGGCAAGAAGGAUCCUUUACCUAGAACUUUUAAUGAUUUGGAGGUAAAUAACACUGGUGUGGCUGGUCUAUACAGUGCAGAGUCUAUCAAUACUGAAGUAGUACCAGUCUGAUUGUGGUCAAAAGUCAUGUACAGUUGAAAGUUCCUAUUAUGAUGCUUCAUAUUCCUUCCAUUUGUGUGGAUGUUAUUAUUAAAAAAAAAUCUUUUUGAGGAUAAGAGUGGACCAACACUUGAUUUAAAUAUACCUGGAUUAUAGUCCU